GUCGCGCCGCCGGGACACUCCCGCCGCCUCCGCUCCGUCCCGCUAGUCCCUGGGAGUGUGGGCAGGGCUGCAGGGGGCUUCCGUGGGCCUGGCCGCUCCCACCGCGGGAGGAAAAGCAGGGGGAAGCCCCGGCGCCCGCCGCCUCCGGAGAGCCGCAGUGCCCUCGGGCUGUGUAGGCGCUGAAGACGAGCCCGGGCGGGGCCCCGGUGCGUCGUGCCUGUCGCCGUCCGUGUCCGGAGCGGAGGCCAGCGGCCGCCCGCUCGGCGCCCCGGACCGUAGGGGCACCACCCUCCCUGGCGUGGGCGACGGCCGGCCGGGGGCGCGCGGAGCAGCCGUCACGGGGCCUCGCCGCGGCCUCCAGCGCCCCAGCCACGGGGAAUGCAGUGGCCCCCGACCCCUGGUGCCUCUCCGUGUCUGGGCUGGGCCUCCUCGAUCGCCUGCUCCGCGGCCACGACGCUCCUGAGCCAGACAGGCCGGGCCCCCCUCAUGGCGGCAAAGUGGUUCAAGGAGUUCCCCCUGAACCUGAAGACCGUGUCCGAGCGGGCCAAGCCCGGGGGCGGGGGCGGCGGCAAACUGCGCAAGAACUCAGAGGCCGGCGGCGCCGCGGCGCCCACCCCGGGCAAAGGCCGCAAGAACUCGGCGGCCGAGCUGGGGAGCGGCAGGGCCGGCGUCGGCCCCGCUAAGGACAGCCGGCUGUCCCGGGACAGCCUGCAGGGUCUGAUUCAGGCCGCCGCGGGCAAGGGUCGCAAGAACUCCCGGGCCGCCGAGGAGGAGCCCCACCGGGGCGCGACCAAGAGCUCGGGCUGCAGCACCUACAUCAACAGGCUCAUCAAGGUGGACACUCAGGAGAAGAAUGGCAAGAGCAGCUACCCCGGCAGCAGCAGCAGCAGCAGUAGCAGCAGCUCUUCCUCCGCGUCCUCUUCCCCUUCCUCCCUGGGCCCCGAGCUGGACAAGGGCAAGACUACUAAGCAGCAAGACACGGUCAUCAUUUUAGAAGACUAUGCUGACCCAUAUGAUGCCAAACGGACAAAGGGUCAAAGAGAUGCAGAGAGAGUAGGAGAGAAUGAUGGUUACAUGGAACCCUAUGAUGCACAGCAGAUGAUAACAGGUUUGUAA